GAGUCGUCCCCUUUAAAAAAAGAAACCUUAUACUGAGUUUCCGGUUUAGCUGGUCCGUCAGAAAAAUUGCUCCGCAAGCAAACGUAAGCGAAGUAGUUGGGAUUAUGGCCACAAUGAUUGAGGAAAAUGGUCCGUCGACUCAUGAGCACUCGGAUGUGUCCUCAUCGUCCCAGGCCAGGCAGAAACUAGAGGGGCUCCUGAAUAAGAACAUGAGGAUCCGCAUGACAGACGGAAGGACUCUGGUGGGGCUUUUCCUCUGCACAGACCGAGACUGCAACGUAAUCCUCGGAUCCGCUCAGGAGUUCCUCAAAUCCGCAGACACAUUCUCCCAGGGCGAACCCAGAGUCCUGGGCCUGGCCAUGAUCCCCGGUCACCACGUGGUAUCCAUCGAGGUGGAGAUAGACAGUCUGGAAGACACACAAGGAUUUGGAGCUAACCAUUGAUGAAGCCCUGUUUGUUUGGACGACACUCAGCUCUCAGUGUGACUGUCUCUCAGUAAGCCGGCUGUAUGGCCUGUGGCUGAGCUCAAACAUGAAUGGACAUCUUCAAUGGAGGAUUUAAUCAGUCACUUCAGCUCUACAGAUGCAGAUACAGAACUCUUGUGUCAAUAUUCUGGAUUUAGCCAUUUCCUCUAUGCUUGAAGAUGUGUCCAUUUGCAGUGACUGCUGUACAAUACAGCAUGUGCGUAAAGCGUGUGUGCCAUGUAUGCAUGAGGUGUGAAAAUUGUGUUUCAGUUCUGUGUACAGUAAAUGUCUUUGUUUCAUGAUGUUUUAAAAUAGAUUGCUGUAUUUGA